AUGAUUUUUGCUGCUACUGCUACUGCUACCGCUGCUACCACACUGGCAGCAGCAGCAGCAGCAGCAGCAGCAGCAGCAUGCACUUCGCUGCUGUUGCUACAACAAACUUCUGCUCGAGACGCCCACGCAGCACCAGAUUCACUCGGUUUCGCGCAAUUCUGCUCGCUCUGGCCCGAGAUUUGUCCGAGUACCCCAAUUUCUCCGAUCCGAAAACAGAGCUUAGCCACAGUGUUGUCUGGGAAGUGUGGAACUGGAAUUUGA